UCAUGUCUUGUUUCCAAAAAAUCUAGAACUUGAAAGAUUGUUGCAGGAACCGGGAAAGGAAAAGAAACUGUUUUCAUUUCAGUAUAUUGUAGUAGGUUAUACUGAGUGGUGUUGUUAUUGUGACAAUGGCGUAUUAAUUAAAUAAUUCCAUGGGCGUGUAUGAAUGAUAUUUAUUGAGAUUUAUAUAAUAAAACAACAGUUAAAAUGUCGACAGUUCUUUUAGCCGUGGUUGCCGUUAUUUUGUGCAUUCUUUUCCGAAUAUUAAACGUAAACAGCCAGCCUCAUAAACCCGUGAUUUACGGAAGAGACAGGAAUUUUAUUGAAAAUAUUUUAUUUAUUGCGCCCUUCUUGAAUGAACCUUACACACCAACAAGAUUGUGGGGCUUCAGUGGUCAUGUUCAGACAAUACUUCACAGUCUGAUUGGCAGAGUAAGGUGCCCUUGGCCAAUCGGUGGCAGGAUAUCUCUGGUUCUCCCCGACAAAUCCACACUCACUUAUGAUCUCUAUGAACCAGUCGGAUCUGAACGGGAAGAUGACGUCACUGUAGCGAUCUGUCCCGGCAUCGGCAACACGUCGGAGAGCGUUUACAUCCGCACCUACGUACACUACUCGCAAUGCCACGGCUACCGCUGCGCCGUGCUGAACCACAUCGGCGCCCUCGCCAGUGUGCCCGUCACCGGAGCCCGAAUAUUCUCUUACGGUCACACUGACGACUUUGGUUACAUGGUUGAUAAUUUAAUAGAACGAUACCCAAACACCAAAUUAGUUCUAGUUGGAUUCAGUCUAGGAGGUAAUUUGAUAUCAAAGUAUUUGGGCGAGGACAGGAAGCGACCUCCCAAUAUUGUAGGAGGCAUCUCAAUAUGUCAAGGAUACAAUGCUAUUGACACUAUUGUUCAUCUUCUACAAUGGCAAAAUUUCCGUCGUUUCUACCUGUACAUAAUGACUGACAACUAUCGUAACAUUAUCACACGACACAAGCGGAUGCUGCUCAGCCCAGAGAUGAAGACCAGAUAUUCUUUAGAUGAAAACAUGAUCGUGUCCGCAGGUACACUGCCGGACUUAGAUGAAGCCUAUUCAAGGCGUGUGUACGGGUUUGAAUCAGUAACGGAUUUGUACAAAUGGAGUUCCUGUGCAUUCUACCUCGACAAUAUAAAAACCCCAAUGGUGUUUAUAAACGCGCGAGAUGACCCCAUAGUUCCUGAACAACUGUUGCCUGUUGCAAGAGAAUUUGUCAGUUCACACGACAAAGCGAUGUACUUAGAGUUGGCACACGGUGGACAUCUGGGAUUCUACGAGGGCGGGCUGGUGUACGCCAACCCGGUGACGUGGCUGGACCGCGCCCUCGUCGGUCUAGUGGGGGGUCUCCUCAUGGCACAUGACAAGUGCGCCCCAAAGGACACCCCCCUCCUCGAUGCCACCGUCGACGAAGACGAGCCGGACCUCAUCAAAUCCGCCACCAUCAUCUAUCGGGACCCCCUCGAUAAAACUCAAAAGGUCUAAUUAUUUAUAUUUUUUAAGGAGGCUUAUUCGUUUAUGUUUUAUAGAAAGCUAAUUUAAAACAGUGUUUUUUAAACUUUAACACGUCGUGAAGCUCUUAAAGAGUAAUAUUAUGUCAGUUACUGAUUAAUUAAGAAACUAUGUCAUCAAAAAUUCUUUGAGGCUUCACGACAUUCUGUAGCCGCAAGUCACAGUUUGAAAAGCACUGAUUUAAAUAUAAAUUAACUCUGACUUAAAAUGGUUAUUUUAUGUCGCCAAAGAUGGGCAUAGCCUUGGCGAUAUAUUGCAUUAUAGUUGUUUGCUUCAUACUACAGAAUAUAGUCUUAGGUUGCAAUAGAGCGGCUUAUAUCGCUCCAAUUCCUAGACGGCUUAAAUAUCAAAAUUUAA